CUUUUGAAGCGGGUGUGUAUCUGGGGCGAAGAUUGCCUUGUCAUUGUAUUCAGAGAGAAACGCGUGGUCAGUGGCACCACCGACAGCUCCUCUGCAGCCUCACUGGUACUUGGUGGUGUGUAAAGUCAGACUUUGAACCAGACAUGGAUUUAGAAAAGAGUGGCAAGGUUUUAGAUCUGUCAGAGCCUCCACAGCAAGAGAAAAGUGUCAUGGAAAAAGAGGUUGUGUCAAAAUUGGAGAUACCAGAGGAAUCCACAGAGCCUGAGAACCCACCAGCUGCUGAUGGAGGAACUGAGCAGCUGCUGCCAAUGAACGGCCAUGGUAAAGAAGUCGAUGACUUGAAAGAAACAGAGGAGGUGAUUGUUACAGAAACAGUUACAUUCUCCGAGGAAACCACCGAAAUGGAAAUCGAGGACACCCUGCUCUUAGAAAAGUCUGUGGAAUCAUUGCCCGUUGUGGUAGCUCCACCAGAACCAGAUGAGUCAUCUGAAAAGAUCUCUGACCCAGUGGCAGUUUUAGACGAAGAACCAGAAAACACCCAGCCUCAAGAGCAGCAAGUGUCAGAGAAUGACCCAGAACCUUUGCUUGUGCAAACACCUCUGGCAGACAUUACUGAACCCGAGCCAGAGAAACUGUCAGAAUCAGUCUCUGAAAAUGAAUUAGAAGCGCAAACCUCUCCUGAUCCAGCAGAAGUACAGCAGCUGGUGGAUACAGAACCACCCAGUCAGGAAGAGACGGUGUCAGAACCAGUGGAAACUGAAACAGAGCUGCAGACUUCAAUGGAUACUCAGUCAGAAGAUGUUGCCAAAGAGAGUGUGGAAGAAGAUGACGUGGCAGUCGAAAAUGACAUGACAGCUGAACCCACAGGGGAGGCAGAAGAAGAAGAAGAAAAACCUGCAGAAAGGGAGACGUUUGCGGAGACUGUGAUAGUGACAGAAGCUUCCUUGGGAAAUACGGUAGAAUCUGAAGAACUGGUUCAGACUGUGUUGGUGACGGAAGCUCCGGCAGAAACGAUGAAAGUCAUGGAGACUGAAUUUGUGGCUGACAUUACCCCAGAAAAGCCAGCAGAAACGGAGAAAGUAAUGGAGACUGAAUUGUUGGCUGACACUACACCAGAAAAGCCAGCAGAAACGGAGAAAGUAAUGGAGACUGAAUUGUUGGCUGACACUACACCAGAAAAGCCAGCAGAAACGGAGAAAGUAAUGGAGACUGAAUUGUUGGCCGACACUACACCAGAAAAGCCAGCAGAAAAAGAGCAACUUGUGGCGACUGAAUUGGUGGCAGACAUUGCACCGGAAAAGCCAGCAGAAAAAGACCAACUUGUGGCGACUGAAUUGGUGGCCGACAUUGCACCGGAAAAGCCAGCAGAAAAAGAGCAACUUGUGGCGACUGAAUUGGUGGCCGACAUUGCACCGGAAAAGCCAGCAGAAAAAGAGCAACUUGUGGUGACUGAAUUGGUGGCCGACAUUGCACCAGAAAAGCCAGCAGAAACGGAGAAAAUAGUGGAUACUGUGCUGGUAUCUGAUGUUUCCUCAGAAAAGCCAGCAGAAGCUGUGACUCUAAAGGAGGAGGCACCGGCUGAAAUUGAAAAUAUAAAACCUGCAGAGGAGAAAAAGGAAGUUGAACCAGAAAAGUCCUUUGAGUCUGAAGCUCUCAAGGGAGUGGAAGCUGCAACAGAGGGUGAAAGUGUUGCAUCCGAGGCGAAAGAUGUCGAACUUGAAAAAGAAGAGGAAACGGUCCCUGCAUCCGGCUCGUUAUUGUUUGCACUCCUGCAACAAGAGCAGACAAAAGACGCCCUGCGAACCUCUCGUACCCUGGUUGUCCUCAGAGGCCUUCCGGGAAGUGGUAAAAGCUUCUUGGCGCGUGCCAUCGCCGACACGUACAAAGACCACUGCUCUAUUUUCUGUGCCGACGAACACGGCGUGAAGCCGGAGAGUCCGGAAACGUCCGCUGAUGGAUACAAGGCUCUGGACGAGGCUGUGGUGGGCUGCUGCAGUGCGGCAGCAGCCUCUUCUGUGCUGGUGGUGGUGGAUGACACCAACCACACCCAGGAACGGCUCGCCCACCUGGGGGAGAUUGCUGACCAGCACCAUCUUGUUGCCGUCUUCUUGGAGCCACGCACUGAAUGGAGUAGGGAUCCUGCACAGCUGACAAAGAAGACCAGGCGUGGACUGGAUGAGGCCCAGCUGGAGGCCAUGAGAGGUCCUCUAGCUGAAAUGUCCCUUCCUCUUUUCUUCGGCUGGUUCCUUCUCUCCUCCGUCCAGGACAAGAUCAGGUGCACAUCCAUGGACUUCCUGAAGACCCUGGACACCUUGGAUGCCUUCAAGAAGCACUUAAUUGACUUCACUGGGAAAGCUGAAAAAGAGGUGGAUUUGGAGCAAUACUUUCAAGCCAAAGGAACCCUCCAUUGCACUACAAAAUUCUGUGACUAUGGGAAAGCAGAGGGUGCCAAAGAUUAUGCGGAGAAUCAAGCAGUUAACGAUCUCUAUGGAUCUGUGUCCGAGCUCUCACUGAGUGCUCUUUUUGUCACUCCGCGUACUGUGGGUGCCAGAGUGUCCCUCACCGAGGAGCAGCUUGUGCUGUGGCCAGCUGAUGCCGAGAAGGAGGCAGAUGUCCCUGCAGCUGCCUCCCUCCCUCGGGGCAGCCGCGCCCACAUCACCCUGGGCUGCUCGGAGGGUGUGGAGCCAGUUCAAACGGGCGUGGAUCUGCUGGAAAUCCUGGCCCUGCAGCAGGAAGGCCAGCAGGGGGAGCUGGUGGAGGAGAUGGAGCUCGGCUCGCUGACCUACUACGGCAGUGGAAGGUGGCUGCUCAGUCUGAGAGAGCCCAUCUGCGCCCCUGCCUGCUUCUCCAGCUACUACGGGCGCAAGGAGGCUGAACCAACCAAAAAGGAACCGGAGCGGAGGAGGAAGCCAAAGUGCACCAUACUGUAGACGGCAAACAUGGGGGUGUGUGUGUGUGGUUGGGAUAACUAGUUGGUUAAAACUUCAGAUUACUCUGUGAAUGGUUUGUGUGUUUGUGCAGCAUUAAGGGUCCAGAUGUAGCCACCCUAAAUCCACAUGCUGUGUGCCUUUUUAUUAUUGAUUUGCACCACAACCCAAGAUGCCUUCAAUCCAGUUAGGCUUGCUGUUAAUGUUCAGUGUCAGGUUUCACAUAUCGCCGCCAGAGUUUCACAACCUGGCUACUUGCUUAGGUGUUAUUAGCUGCAGUUUUAGACCAAGGUAGUGUAUCCUCCUCCCACAGCAGUUCUCUUAAACUUGCAUUUACUCUUCUAUACAUUUUAGUGUUUCUAAGUAUACAGGUGAAAUACUAGGUACUUUCAUUGCAUGCAUUACAGGAAAGCAUUUCAACAGUCACACACUAUUGACCUGCUAAACGUUCCUCUGACGCUCUGACCACCAACACUGUGUCUGGUGUCUCCUUUGUCAUAUCUGUCAUUUUCAUUUCACUAUGUUUACGCAGCCUCGAAAAAAAAAUACCAUAUGGGCCAAAGUUAUCUAUUUGUUUAAGUGUAUUAGAAUGAAUGUCAUUAAUAGAGGUCUUUCCGUUAAAAAUAUUUGCACUCUGUAUUGUUUGUAGCGAGAAUUCUGAUGCAUGUUUCAGCGCUUGCACUUAGAACUUAUGAAAGGCUGUGAAUCCAUGUUGUUUUGCAAUCUUUUCUACUGCGCUAGACUGCACCACGUAUCCCUUUUAUCCUCUUUGAGCAGCACUUCAUGUAUUGCAUUUCUCUUUGUAUCCUCUGUCAUUUUUGAAGGACAACUCCUACUUUGUGUAGCUCUUAUGAAUCCCUAUUUUUGCACUUGUUUUGUACACUUAAUAAAAAAGAACAUGCUUUGCGCCAGGAAUGCAACUUA